UAAGAGCCCGCGGGGUCCGGCCCCUGGCAGCGCCACCAUGGCACUGCCACCGUCACCUGCCCUGGCACUGCUCCUCGUCCUGCUCUAUGCCACCCCAGGGCUGGGGGUGCCAGGGGCAGGCUGCCAGGUGCCCCCCUCGGGUUGGUGCCAGAGCUGGGACACGGCGCUGCGCUGCGGGGCCCUGGGACACUGUGCCCGCCUGGCCUGGGCACCGCCCAACACGGACGUCUGCGCCGACUGCCAGCAGGUGGUGACCCUCCUCAUCCACAUGGUCAACGAGUCUGCCACCAAGGUGGCCAUCGAGAACUUCCUGCGUCGGGAGUGCCUGGCACUGCCUAUGCCCACCAUGGUGGCACCGUGCCAGAACCUGGUCCAUGAAUACUUCAGCCUCAUCCUCACCGACCUGGAGGGGCACCUGAAGCCCUCAGCUGUCUGUGCCCACCUGGAGCUGUGCCCACAUGACCCCAGGGGGGCUCCACUCUUGCCCCCCCUCAAGGCACUCAGUGCCCACCUGCAGGCUGGCACCGCCCUGCCCAUGCCGCUGCCCCUCUGCUGGCUGUGCCGCACCUUCCUGGCCCGCGCCGAGGCGGCGGUGCCCAAGGAGACGUUGGCAUCGGCGGCGGCAGGGCUGUGCCGGGUGCUGCCCACCGUGGCCGUGGGUGCCUGCCAGUGCCUGGCACAGCGCUACGCCGUGUUGGCACUGGAGGUGCUGCUGGGCCGCCUGGCACCUCGCCUGCUCUGCCAGCUGCUCCUCUCCUGCCGCCCCGAGGACAUCAAGGCUCAGAUGCCACUUCCCCCUGUGCCACCUCCCUCCGUGCCACCUGCCCCCAGUGGGCUCCUGGAGGCUGGGCAGGCUCCCAAGCCUGCUGCUUGUGCUGGCAUCGAGGCCCUGUCCCCUGCCCUGGGGCUCUGUGCCCUCGGCCCAAGCUUCUGGUGCUCCAGCCCCGAGGCUGCCAGGCAGUGCCAGGCCCUGCAGUACUGCCAAGAGCACAACUGGCUCUAGGGUGGCACCAGGAGCCCCCCCCCAGCUCUGCCAGCCUCACUCCUGGCCUCAAAUAAAGCUCUGAUGUUGCCCUGCA